AUGAAGGGAUUGAAGCGAUAUAAGGAAGGAUUCAAGGACGACAUCAAGGAAAUGAACGAUGCGAUCCACGCGAAGGUGGAGAAUUACGCGUUGGAGGUCUACAAAGCGUUUGUGAAGCAGGUCAGCGAUUAUCACACGAAGUACAUUCAGAUUCUCGGAGGAACGUCCUUCGUGAAGGAGCUGGUGCCGGUGAAGCAUGUGGUGAACGAGGCCAUGCAGUACAGUGCGCAGUAUGAGUCAUAGAAUGCGUUAUGCUUCUUGAGAAUGGUUAUGAUGGCAUGACGAUGAUGAUGAUGAUGAUGAUGAUGUUGUUGUUGUUGCUG